AUGGACGAGGAGCAAGCGUACGCGUGUGGAGCCUGCCCCUUCACGGCUCGAACCGAAGCCGAGCUGGAGGAGCACUCAAACACCCACGAGCUCGGCGAGUUGUGCCCACUCUGCACCGAGCGCCCCGCCGUGCUGAACACCCAUUUAAUUCAGGAGCACAAAAUCGCCGAGUCGGCAGUGGAGCGUCUUCUAGCCGUUCACAAGGCUGAUAUUCAACCCGUCAGCGGCGAGCAGUUCGCCUUCCGAUGUCCCAGCUGCCCGGUGGCAUUCAAAUCUGAAGCCGCCCUUCAGCAGCACUCGCUCACCCAUCUCUUCAAGAAAUCCCGGAACGAAAACGACGCCUCUGCCGGCGACGCCACCGCCCAGAUGAUGCUCAACAUGAUGCAGGCCGGCUUCCCCUUCCUGCAGCCGAACCCCUUCCUGCCGAUGGACGGCUUCUUCAACCCGCUACUGGCGCAGCAGAUGGUAGCCCUUCAAGCAGCUGCUUCUCCUGCAAAACGAGCUCGCACGAGGAUCACCGACGAUCAGCUGAAGGUCCUCCGCCAAUAUUUCGAUAUCAACAACAGCCCCACCGAGGCCCAGAUCCGGGAGAUGAGCCUGAAGACGCAGCUGCCCGAGAAGGUCAUCAAGCACUGGUUCCGGAAUACGCUGUUCAAGGAACGCCAACGAGACAAGGACUCCCCGUACAACUUCUCCAUCCCGCCCCAAAUGGGCAUCGACUUGGACAUGUACGAGAAGACGGGCGAAACCCGCGUGCAUCCCCUCACCCCCGAACAAAUCAACGGCUCCGGCAGCGGCCCCGCCCAAAUUUCCGCUUUCCCGACGGUACCCCACGUCGAGAAGGAGGUCAAGCAGGAGAAGCUGGAGGAGAAGAAGCCGGCCCAGCAACAACCCAUGAAUCUACAGGCCGCGCUGGGAGCUGGGGCGCCAAAUUUGGCAGCGAUUUUGGGCAGCUUGCAGCUGCGGACACUUCAACAGUUCUUCGACAAGCAGGCCUACCCCAAGGACGACGACCUGGAGCUGUUGUCGAAGAAGUUGCAGCUCUCCCCGCGGGUCAUUGUCGUGUGGUUCCAGAAUGCGAGGCAAAAGGCCCGAAAGAUCUACGAGAAUCAGCCAAAUCUCGAGAACAGCGACCGCUUCGUCAGGACGCCCGGCUGCAACUUCCAGUGUAAACGGUGCAACCUCGUCUUCCAGCGAUACUACGAGCUGAUCCAACAUCAACAGAAGAAGUGCUACAAGGACGAUUGUCAGGCUCAACUCCAAGACAACAAGGGCGUCGAGGGACUGCUCACCGACGCCGAGAAGGAGCAACUCGCCGGAAAUCCGGAGGCUCCGCCUCUCUCCAAAUCGCCUGCCCUCGCCGACCCGGCCGAGCUGCUCAAGCUCCUCCAGGGCUCCGGCUCCACAGAAGCCCUCCUGAAGAUGUGCGAGGCGGCCAAGACCCCGUCCACGACGACAUCGUCAAGCUCAACGACGACAAGCCCGCAUUUCCACAAGCGAUGCCCGUUUUGCUGCUUGCUGUUCCGGUCGCGGCAGUCGCUGGCUGAGCAUCUACCGGCCAAGCAUGGGCUGCAGCUACAGAAGGCGCCUAUCGACAUCGAUGCGUUGCCGAGUGCGGAUGAUGUGCCCUCAUUGUCCUCAACGCUCCUGGGCGACACGUCGAUUCCGCUCGACCUGUCGUCGAACGGCUCGAUGGAACGACACGACCUCUCGGUUUCUCCUUUUUUAGUCCACGUCAUGAAGUGUAUCUUCUCGGAAUACAAGACGCCUUCAAUGUCCGAGUGCGACACGCUGGGACGGGAUAUUGGCCUCCACAAGCGCGUCGUGCAAGUGUGGUUCCAAAAUGCUCGUGCGAAAGAGCGAAAAACUCGAGUGGCCAACGGCCAGGACGACGACAUCUCCAGGCCGUUCCCCACCCAGUGCAGCUACUGCAACGUCGAGUUCUCAUCCCGGGUGUCUCUCCAAGACCACGUCUUCUCCCAGCCCCAUCUGACCGUGUUGAAGUCGUUGCACCAGGGCGAUGAGACGGAGACGGCGACGAGGAGUGUCGAGGAGAAUGGAGGACGACAAAGAGCACCUAUUGUCCGGGACUCCUCACCAAAGAAGGGAGCAGCACCGCUGAAUGCGCACGAAUUCCCGUUUAACCUGUUGCACUUUGGACUGCCGCAAGGCUCCCUCCCGAUGGUGUACGACCCGAGCGUGAUGGGCACGCCGAUUCCUCUGUUGCAGAUCCCUGAAACGGUCAUGGCCCAGAUCACCACCGACUUGAGCGAGGGCCGGAUGACGACAAAGUUCACGCAAGAUGGGCUCGCGUUUGAGGAGCUGAUCUCGAGCCUUGACGAGGAUGAUGCAAAGUGUGCGGCGCAGAAGAAUAUGGAGGUCGGCUGGGCGUGCUCCCGAUGCACGAAUGUCUUCCAACAAGAAGCUCUCCUCAAAUCCCAUCAGAGGACAAUCUGCUCGCAAGCGGAGGGCCAGCUCGUGCUCGUCCAGACCCACUACGAGUGCAUCCCGUGCGGCCAGCACUUUGGCACCCAGGUCGACUUCAAGAACCACCUCCAAACCGAUGAACAUCGCGUCGCGAAAGUUGCUGCUCUGUUUCCCACAUCUACCGUAACCACCUCCGCCUCGACGGCCAGCCCGCUGGCUUCGUUU